AUGGAUGACUUUGAAGUAGCGAAUCAAUUCACAACCAUACUUAAAAAUCUAACACCUCAAAUACAGCUGCUUACAAAAGCAAGUUAUUUUGCAUUAAAGAAUGCAGAUAAAGAAGAUUAUAUAAUCCCAUCAAUUAUUACGGUACUAGAAGAUUCAAAAUUAGAUUUAAAUACCAAAUCAUUUAUAUUCCAAUUUAUUGAAUUACUAAUAAUGGAAAGUUGUAAUACUUCAAAGUUAGGUGGGGCUUAUGUACAUAGUUUGAAAUCAAUAUUACCAAGAAUAGUGGAAUUAAUAUGUCCAUUAAAUAAUUUAUCAAAUUUAUCAAAUACUUAUAAUGGAUUAUGUAAUAUACUGAAACAUUACAAAAUUGAUUGUUCAAACUGCAAAGAAAAAUUCAAUGGUGAAUUAAUCAAUGAAGAUAUAAUUAUAAAUGAAAAUGAAGAUUCAUUAAUUAGUGCAUGGAAAAUAUUACUUCAAAGAAAACAAGAAUCUCAAAAAGAUAGAUUAGAAUUAGAACAACAACCAUCAACAGAAGAAAAUGUUGAAGAACAACAAUUAUUCAAUAUACGGAAAAAGACAGACUCAAAUCAAUACCUAACAAAAAAACAAAUCAUAACAAGAAUGGAAGAUGAAAGAGAAACUCAUAAACGUCUUAAGGAAAAUAAUUGGUGUGUAGAUAGAGAUAAAAAUUCAAAAUUUAUAACAGAAGAUGAAUUUUUAAAUUAUUAUUGGAAUACCAAGUAUGAAUUAAAAGGAAAAGAAAAAAAAGAAUUUUUAAAUAAUUUACAAGAAUUAAAUGAUAUGGUACUAUUAAGUUAUAAAGAUAAACAAAUUUAA